AUGAACGGCAAACCAGUGUUGCUGUGGGAAGCCGAGCGUUGGCGGCAGGACGUGCUCACCGGAACACUGCCUGUGAAAUACCAGAAGUCAUCGGGCGGGGCGCCGCGGCCCGCGCAGCCCAAGGUGGCGGCGGCCGCCGGGCCUGAGGGAGCUCCCUCGGCGGGGCCUGUGGGGAUGGAGGGCGAGGAGCCGGCGGGGGACGAGUACAGCCUUCAGGAGGAGGAGGAGGAGGAGGAGGAACAGGUGCUGGCCCCGUGUCCCCUGACGGAGGAGGUCCUGAGGGAAGGCCUCUCUCUCCUCUGUAGGACCGGCAACGGCCUGGCCCACGCCUAUGUGAAAUUGGAAGCCAAAUACAAGGGCUUGACAGAUAUCAGCCUCCUCGAAUGCUUCAUUCACCUGCGGUACGUGGAUUUGUCAGAGAACAAGCUGCAAGAUUUGUCUCCGCUGAGUGGCCUAACCCACCUGCUUUGGCUGAAGGUGGAUGGGAACCUGCUUACCAGUGCCUGCAUGCAGGAGCUGCCCUACCUCCAGGUCAUCAGCUUUGCUCACAACCGCAUCAAGGAUAUGGAGGGCAUUACUCACCCCCGCUUAGCCAACCUCAGCCUGAAAGGUGAUGCAGACCACUCUCUUCAGUCUUGUGCCCAUAGGACACUCUCUUUGGGUGGGAAUAACUCUCAUUUCUUCCUCCUCUGGCACUCAGGAAAUAAAAUCCAGACAGCGCUGGGCCUGAGUCACGGCCAAUUGUUCAGCCUGCAAAUCCUGGAGCUGCGAGGAAACAUGCUAGAGAGCACAGCAGGGCUCAAUCUUCCCAAGCUCAAGAACCUCUAUCUGGCCCAGAACGCCAUUCGGAGCCUUGAAGGCCUUGAGGGACUAGGGCAGCUGGCGGCUCUGCACCUGCGUGACAACCAGCUUGAGACCCUGGAUGGAUUCUGUAGUAGCAUGAAGUGCCUGCAGUACCUCAAUCUACGGAACAAUGAGAUCAGUAACCUUCAGGAGGUGGCGAAAUUGCAGGUCCUCCCCAUGCUGCAGGCACUGGUGUUGUUGGACAAUCCGUGCUCUGAUGAACCCAAUUACCGGCUGGAGGUCCUGGUCCUGCUGCCACACCUGCAACGCCUCGACAAGGAAUUAUUUGAGCAAGAUGAGCGGGCGGAGGCAAAUAAAAUCCGUCAGAAAAGGCAGGAAGAAGAAAAGGAAAUGGAAGGAUCUCUCCAGGGUGAUGUGACUGAGUGACCCCUGUUUUUAACACCGGUUCCCAGCGCCAGUCAAGAUUCGGAGAUGCCUUCCCCCGCAUGUGCAGCUGGGAAAGAGAGCUGUGGGUACCAGAGCUGCCUUCACCUCAUUUUGCCCCUGGAGAAAAGAGGAGGGCUACGCGCCCUGGUCCUGGAAGCUGCCCUGAUGUGCUGCAGUGUUUUUGCAGUCGCUGCACUCAUAUGCUCUAUUCUCAGUAGGCCCGAGGGGGAAAAGGGGAAAAGGAAGAGUUACAGGUUCUGUGGUUCGAUUUACGGCUCCCCAAACCCCUACAAGAUUUUCUGAUUUGAAUGAAAAUAAUUAAUGA